AUGUUCUCGUUGAUUUUUUAUUGUGGUUUAAUAUCAUUCGUUGUGUCUGCACGUUCCAACAACGACACAUUACAUGACGGCGUUAAACUAAACAUCAGCACUACGUUGUCGACUUUGCCGUCUACGACGAUUCCUGUUUCGAAAGAUUGUGUUUUGGAGAUGAAAGAGAGCGAAAUCUCGCAGAUUGUUGAACUUUUUAACAGAAAUUUUGUUAAUGUAGUGGAUAUUCAUGUCUCCUUCUCUGGUACUGGUGACGAGAAACAUCUCUUAUCGGAUUUUCAUGUUUCAUUGUUUAAUCCCAUCGGUCGAGAAAUUCUUUACACUCUUGCGAGAGAGGAACUCGGAUCUUUUCCGUGGACUUUGAACGCUGGCGUACGAAACAUUAAAUUACAUUUCAAAGAGAAUCAAAACGAGUGCAUUAAAAGGGAAGAAAAUGCAACUGAUUUUGCACUCGAGAAUACGCAGAAUAUAAUUCGCAGCAUAAACCUGGAAACAAACCACGAAGUUUGCUCUUCUUAUAAGGGAACUUCAUCAGGAGAAGUAAAACGAACUUGCUGUCAGAUUACAAAGUCCAAUUCGACGAAAUUCAAUGAUGGCUGCUCCGAACCAAAAUCAUUUCUUCACAGGAGUAGUGUUCUUUGGGAUGUUAUAUCCGUAGUGCUGUUUGUUUUUGCCUGGUUUUAUUUGUUGUGGUUGCUAUUCGUGUUUUUGUCUUGUACUGAGUUCGACUUAAGGUAUUCCGAAUACAAGAUCUAUAAGCUGGAGGAAAGCAGGAUGUCGGCAUCUUUUAUUCUGUUUAAAAUGAUUUGGGAAAGAAACAGUUGCCUAGUGUCCUUUAUCCGUAGCUGUGUAUUAAUAGGUGUCCUUUCAUGCAUCUAUUACUUGCGUUAUUGGCCAAUAAUCCGCUACUGGUCAAAUAUAUACCAUGUUAUUUUGGGAAUUCUACUCGUUUUCUGGGGAGUAUCGUUUUCAAUUUCCUGUCUGUACCGACCUAAGAUUCCGAAGGCGAAGGAUAUCCUUGAGGAUAUAAAAAAUGAACGAAAUAGCAGGUGCAAUCAUUUCCACUUCGAAAUUCUAGAAUAUUUUGGACACAAUGUUGACGAGUUACGCCAGGAAUUUGACAGUGGAGAAUUUACAGGCGUGAUUAAAGUAUUAACUUUCCCAUUUAACAUAAAUCUUUGGAGAGAGAUAAUAAAGAAGCUUCCAACUUUUACCACAUGUGUAGAAGAUACACGGUUCAGAAAUGAGAUUCUCAAAUUUUUUGCGCUAUGUCCGUGUCACAUACUUGCAGUAUCGACUCGUUUCUUGUAUGUUUGUAUUGUAUUUCACUUUCUCAUAAUACUAGUAAUUAUACAUCUUGUAGUCCACACAGCACUCAUGUUAGCUCUGAUUCAAAACUUGGAAUAUGAGAAAGGGUUUUCACCAUUCUUGGAUUUGUUUCACCAGGUUGGCCUUUUAGUUUUUCUCCUUUUUGCUUUGAUCGCAACGAUACCCGCGAUACUGUCUUUCCUUUUAGGAUUGUUUCUGAAUCUUGUUUACUUCAUUCCCUAUUUCGCAUUUUUCGCUGUCCUAAUAUUCUACUGUUGCAGUUAUUGGAAGACUAUGGAAGAGAAAUACUGUGUGUUAAAACGGCUAAUUUAUGAAGCAUGUCGAGACAAACAGGGCGUCAACAAUGGCUGCAUACCAAAUAGACAUCCCAAACGCGAGGAAAAAGUAUUACCUGUGGUGUCGAAAGAGCUUUAUGAUAAAAUCAGAGAAGAAUUGUUACCGUACGAUAUCAACUUAUUUUAUUUUGGAUUGAAAAUAUUUUGGUCUUUCGCAUUCUCAUUUGGUAUUUUACAGCUAAUCAAUAUGCUAAAUGAAUUCAAUGUUACUGGUGUGGUUCAAGUUGUGACAACCGCGAGUCUCGGUAUCAUACCGCACAUAUUCAAUAUUGUAGGGUUAAGAACAAGCGAAGAAAGUAAAAAAGCAUGGGAGGAAAAGUUGAAAUUGAAUGUGAAAUACAUGGUGGAAGAAUCAGUUGGUGAAGAUUCAAAACGAGCUCGGACGGUUUUGAUAAUGGAAGAGCAUGAUGAUGGCACAACAUCUGAAGAUUCUGAACUUGUUAAAGUCACGUCUGACUCAACGACAGCGAAUGACAGGACAACGGACGACACGACGACGAAUGACACGACAGCGGACGACACGACAGCGAACGACACGACAGCGAAUGACACGACAGCGGAUGACACGACGACGAAUGACACGACGACGAAUGACACGACAGCGGAUGACACGACAGCGAAUGACACGACAGCGGAUGACACGACAGCGAAUGACACGACAGCGGAUGACACGACAGCGAAUGACACGACAGCGAAUGACACGAGAGCGGAUGACACGACAGCGAAUGACACGGCAGCGAAUGACACGACAGCGGAUGACACGACAACGAAUGACACGACAGCGGAUGACACGACAGUGGAUGACACGACAGCGAAUGACACGACAGCGGAUGAUACGACAGCGAAUGACACAACAGCGGAUGACACGACAGCGGAUGACUAG